AUGUCACAAGAUCAGGAAACAUCAAUUUCAGAUAUGCUAAAAACAUUGGUGGCUUCAACUAUACAGACCCAAGUUAUUCUUCAGAGUACAGAAGCGUCUCUCAAGAAUUUGGAGAGUACUAUGGGAAAAAUUGCUACAUCAUUGAAUAAUCUUGAGGUUGAGAAUAUUGGAGAAUUACCCACAGAAAUGGAGAGUAAUUUAAUAGAGAAUGAUAGUACCUUAUCUCUCCAAAGUGGUACACAACUUGACACGCCACCUUAUCCAGACAUAACAUUUGAUCUAAUUCCAACUCAAGAAGUCAACAAUUCAACCCCAAAAGCAUCUCCUCCACUAGAGAUUGAAACUUUCACAUUGACAAAAUUUAAGAAUGAGGAGGAAAAUAAGGUGAUCCUUAAAAUCAAUAUUUCGCUCCUUAAAACUAUUAAGCAAGUACCACCAUAUGCUAAGCUUCCUAAGGAGUUGUCCACAAAUAAAAGGAAACUGAAGAGUGAUAAAAAGAUAAGUGUGGGGGAGAAUGUUUCUACUAUUCUCCAAAGGAAGUUGCUACCCAAGUGUCAAGACCUUGGGGUGUUUAUAAAUCCAUACACUAUCGGGUUAUUAAAAGAAGCUAGUGUUAUUAUCCGAUUGGCUAAUCACACUAAUGCGUAUCCCCUAAGGAUAGUUGAAGAUGUUUUGGCGCAGGUUCAAUUUGGUAGGCCAUUCUUACUGAUUACAAGUACAAAUAUGGAUGUCAAAGUAUGGGUACUUACAAUAGAAUUUGAUGGUGAAGUUAUACAGUUUGAUAUGUUGAAUUCUAUAGAUAAGUACAGGGGGAAGAAGGUUAUGUUAAAUGACCCACCAUAA